UUCUAUUCAGUUAUUAUAGGCUCUAGAUUACACAAUGUGCAUUCUCUUCCCAUUUAUUUAUAGAAGAUACCAAUUUCACAUCACUUACGUAUCACUCUUUGCUGUUUGGUGUGACUGCUCAACAUAACUUGUCCAUUGGAAUUUGAAACUACUUUUUUUUCCUCCUUAUUCUAGUUGCAGUUUCUUCCCCUUUAAUUUCCAUUUUUGUCCUUGGAUGUGAAUUGCAUAUUUGCAUUGCAUUAGGUAAACAUGUUAAGUUCUUCAACAUUGUUUCUACUUAAUUAUGCAUAUUUUGUUUCCAAUUAUUGAUGAAUUUGAAUCAUUUGGGAUCUGUAACCCUUAUUUUUUGUCUUCUGAAUCAUUGAGACAAGGUAAAUCAAAUCUCUUAUCUUAUGGUAAUGGGUGAUAAGGAACUUUAUGUUUUGGAUAGAAUUGGGUAUGGCAAGAUUGUUAAUACUGAUGGGGAUGGUAUGUAUCCAAUGUAUUUUGGUGUUUCUUGUGCAUUCUUUGCACUUCAAGUCCUUAGAAAACCUGGUUUUGAAAUUGAAAAGAAUUUGUCUGAAAUUGUUAAAACCAUGCUUCAAGGAAGUGCACAGCUUUUGGGGUUGAUUGUGUGGAAAGUUCAGAAGGAAGUUUCAAAUGAGGUAAACCAAAAGCUGAAAAGUGCUGAGAUGGAAAUUGAGAAUCUGAAAAAGAUUAGACACGAAGAUGCAAAGGCGAAUGAGAAAGUGGUUGGGAUCUUUGCUGCACAAGAGCAAAGCUGGUUUAGUGAAAGAAGGAAACUUCGCCAACAGAUUGGUGCUUUACUGAAUGAGCUAAGAGUGUUUGAGAAAAAAAAGGAUGCAGCAAUCUCUGAAUUGGAUCAGGAAUUGAAGGAAAUGGAGGGUUUGGUGGAGUCAAAAGACAAGAAGAUUGAAGAAGAGGAGAAGAAGAGAAAGGAGUUAGAAGAAAAAGUGAAGAAAGCUGAAAGGGAUGCAGAAGAAUUGAGAGAAUCUUAUAGGCAUGACGCUCAAGAACAUUCUUCUGAUCUCAGGAAACACAAAACUGCUUUCAUUGAGCUGGUUUCAAAUCAAAGGCACCUUGAGGCUGAACUUGGCCGUGCUGUUAACCACAUGGAAGCUACGAAACAGGAGCUUAUUUCUGUCAUGGAGAAUAAAGAAGAAUCUGAUUUGAUGGUCCAGAAAUUAACUUUGGAGAUUGCAAAGUUUCACAAGGAUUUGGAACAAAAAGAUAAGAUUUUGUCAGCAAUGUUGAGGAAAUCUAAGCUUGAUAUUGCAGAAAAGCAAAUGCUGUUGAAAGAGGUUAAGUUAUCAAAGGCUAGAAGGAAGCAAGCUGAGCAAGAAACUGAAAAAUGGAGGGUAGUUUCAGAAGGAAAACAUGACAGACAUUCCCUUAAAAGCAUGUUGCUGAAUUUCAGUUCCAGGAAGGAUGUUUUGCCUAGUGCCAGAGGCAUGCUGCAAUAUAGUUCUUCAACCGGUUCCUCACAUGUUUCAAAUGAACAGGAACAACUUUCACCCAUUUCUGAUCACUACCUGUCUCGAAGAAAUGAAGACUCGUCCAUUCCUGCUAAUGCCAAGCGUUUAGAAGAUUGGAUGAGAGCUGAGACCGAAAGAUAUGCAACCCUGAUUGAACAGAGGCAUCACAUAGAGCUAGAUGCUUUUGCAGAACAAAUGAGGAACAAAGAUGAGAAGUUAGAGGCAUUUAGGUGGCAGUUGUUGAGAACAGACCUGGAAACAAAGCAACUUCAAUCUCAUUUGGAGGGAUUAGUGAAGGACGUGACACAGCUGAGACACGACAAGAUGAAAUUGGAGAGCUUAUUAUUGGAGAGAGAGGAUCAACUUAAUUCCCUAAAAGACCAAGUUGCAUCAAAAUUGAGGCCUUUAAACUGCUUUAGAAACAACUCUAGUUUGUCUCCACAAUCUUCAGAACUAACUCAAGAUCCUGUCUGGUCUAGAGUCAAGAUUGUGAAGAGAAAACCAGGUGAAAAACAGCUCGAAAUGAUGGAUACUUUGAUCGAAGAAGUUUCUGAAAAGGAGGAAGUGCGGCCUUUGAACCAUGACGAAUUUGAAAAUUCUAAUUCACAAGUUCAAUCGCCAGAUAAUAGGAUUGAAGAAGACAAGCAUGUUUGUGGAGAGGAUAAUCCUACUUCUGUGCAGUAUCAAAGUCCAGAUCACAUAGAAAUUGAUACUGCUGAAAAAAUAGGAUCUACUAGCAAGCCCUUAAAUGAUGCAAAACAGUUUCAAUGGAAGAUGGACCUUCAUGCUCUUGGAGUAUCUUACAAGAUAAAAAGGCUUAAGCAGCAACUAAUUCUUAUUGAAAGGUUGACAGGAAGGCAAAACAAUGAAGAACAUGCAGAAAUUAGUGAAGAAAGCAACUUUGGUAUGAAGGCUUAUUUGUCCGUCAUUACUUUGCUUAAUAAACAGAUCGGAAGAUAUCAAUCCCUCCAAGAGAAGACCGACGAUCUUUGCAAACGGAUGCAAGAGAAUGUCCUCUACGCAAAUCGCGGAGAAACGAAUAAUGCAAGAGCAAAGGAGAAAACAUCAACACUGGAGCAUUUCUUGGAAGAGACAUUUCAAUUACAAAGAUACAUUGUUGCAACAGGACAAAAAAUGUUUGAAAUCCAGUCCAAGAUUGUGUCUGGAUUUGUUGGAGUGGCAGAAGAGAUGGAAAAAAGUGCUGGCAUUGACAUGAAUCGAUUUUCUGACAGUAUAAGGAAUCUGUUCCAUGAAGUUCAGAGAGGUUUAGAAGUUCGUACAGCUAGAAUUAUAGGGGACCUUGAGGGGACAUUGGCUCGUGAAGGAAUGAUAUGUUUUAGAAGAUAGCAAUAAUGGAACUUAGAAAUGGGGUCAUAUUAAAUGACUUUUUCAGUGUUUAUUUGUCUAUACUCUAUACUCUAUAUAUACUAUACUUGUUACUGCAAUAAAUAACAUCAAUUUGUAUA